AUGCGAAUCGAAGCUGUUUUCCAGAUGUGGGCUGCCCUGGUGGUAGCUACAUCUGCGUCACCCGUUACAUCUUCUGGCCAUGUUCUCCAUGAACGUCGUGAUAAGCCUCCUGAGAGAUGGGCUCGACACUCGCGACUGCAUCCCACCACUGUCAUUCCCGUUCGAAUUGGUCUAGCACAGCAAAAUCUGCAUCGCGCAGAAGAGUUCAUUAAUCGGGUCUCCCAUCCAGAUUCUCCAGAAUAUGGAAGACAUUGGUCUCCGCAGGAGGUCGUCGAUAUGUUUUCGCCGAGCCCAGAAGCUAUCGAUGCUGUGCAACAGUGGCUGUCAGCUUCAGGAAUUGAUCUCAGGAGGGUUCGGAUGUCACAAUCUCGGAAUUGGAUGACAUUCAAUGCCACGACGAUGGAGGCAGAACAACUUUUGAAGACCGAAUAUCACCUCUACAAACAUGAGGCCGGGCAUGAGCACGUCGCUUGCAAGCAGUACAGCAUUCCAGCACAUCUUACCAACCAUGUCGAUAUAGUCACCCCAACGGUACAUUUCGACAAACAACUGGGCAAUCCGCGACGAACCAUACGACACGAAGCCCUACUUCCCCCUCCGAUUCGACAAUUCAACAAGCGCCAGGCAGUUCCUCCUCAUGGAAUCUUGGGACGUCCCGGUGAUGCGACGAAUCCGAAGCAAGGAGCCGUUGUGUCGAAUGCGCUAAUGACAUUGGAGAAUUGUGACUCCAUGAUCACUCCGGCAUGUCUUCAGGCUCUCUACAACAUGCCACCUGGAAGUACGUCAAUGCGGAAUAACACGCUCGGGGUCACCGAGUUCACACCGCAGGCUUUCCUCCAAUCGGACUUGAACAUGUUCUUCAAGCAAUUUUCUCCGCCACUAGACGGCACAUCGCCGAAUGUCAACUUGAUCGACGGGGCUAUUGUGCAGCAGACAAACAAGAGCUUUCAAUUCAAUGGAGAAUCUGCACUCGAUCUGGAGUUUGCCAUGGCGCUGGUUUACCCCCAACAAGUUACGCUGUAUCAAGUUGGAGACACUGUUUCAGGAGGAAGCUCUAACAACUUUCUCGAUGCCAUUGAUGCAAGCUACUGUUCUUUCGAAGGUGGUGGCUCCAAGGACCCAAAUGUUGAUGGACAGUACCCUUCAACUCUGCCUGGUGGAUUCCAAGGCCAGGAGAAUUGUGGGGGAUUUCAAUCAACCAAUGUCAUCUCCACCAGCUACGGGUCGAACGAAGCAGAUUUAUCCGCCAAGUAUGAGAAUAGACAAUGCCUAGAGUACAUGAAACUCGGUCUCCAGGGAGUCUCCAUCUUGUACUCAUCUGGCGACUUCGGCGUAGCAGGAAAUGGAGGGCAAUGUAUCGACUCAGUCACAGGAGCAUACAAACAACGGCAGCAAAGGCAUCUUCAAUCCCUCUUUCCCCGGAGGCUGCCCCUACGUGACCUCCGUCGGCGCCACCCAAGUCCUCAACGGCUCCACCGUACGCACCCCCGAGAGCGCCUCCCAACGAGUCAUCUUCUCCGGCGGCGGCUUCUCCAACGUCUUCCCCCUCCCCUCCUACCAACAAAAAGCCAUGGCCACCUACUUCCAGCAGCACGCCCCUCCCUAUGGCGCAGACCGCUUCAAUAA